AUGGCCCCGAAGAAAAAGCAGAAGACCGGGCCAACAACAACGGCUGAGCCAGUGACAAUGCCAACAGAGACUGGGCUUUGCCAGGCUCACUUGUUGAAAGUGCACGAUGCCUUGCAAUGCAUUUUUGCACAUGAAAUGUUCAAGGACAUUCGUGGAGAAAGCCCACUGUCGCCAACAAAUGGUGGACGAGAGUCGCCAUUGGAUCUUUCUCAGGCUGCUGCGGCCUUGAAGAGUGUUGGUGUUUACAGGUGUGCGGGUAAUUUUUUCCAUCAAGACUUGUUGUGGUUGGCCACGCACAAGAUUCCAAUCAACAACUCUCAGGUUCAACAAAUCAAAGAUUAUUGGUUUCCCCCAAAUGCAGAGCCAAGCCUGUGCCCAUUCACUAUAAAUCUUGCGGUCGAGAAGCCGACAUCUGUCGCCGACCGCCCAGAAGCAGGCUUCGCACGCUUGAGUCCAGCAGAACCAGUCCAUGCGCUGCUCUUUGCUUUGGCAGAAGCCAUUCAACGCAAAGCGCCAGAACAUGUCCUCAGAGCUUUCAAAUCUUGCGUUUUGACUGCAAGCUUUGUUUUUGAGAUCUGUGGAGUUGGGGAGGCUCGGUACUGGAGGGCGCAAAACAUUCGAGAAGAAAUGGUGGAAAAGGGUUUGGCUGUGCAGAUGACCUUGCGGCAGCGCAUCUUCGACAUUGCGGGCUUUCACGAAGCCAAGAGCAAGACAGAAACCAACCUGGGAUCUAAAAAGCUAGCCGGGCUUUAUUCAGCGCACCUGAAGCUGGCUUCAAACCAAGAGAGGAUUUCAGAAAGUUUUGUAGAUUCAGCCUUGACUAUCCACAGGCGUCUGCUGUCGCAACCUGCGUGCCAACAAGUCUUAGAGUGGUGUGACCAAAAUUGGCUUAGUGUGUCCCCGUGGAAGUCAAUCUAUGCUUUGCAAGCUUUGAUCGACCGCGCUGGAACGCCUGAGAUGAUAGCCUGGGCGUUGCAAGGCAUGGUCGAUGGAGUGAGGAUGUCAUUUCUAGAUGCAGGAGUGUUUGUCAUCAGCAAGCUCAAAGACUCCAGGGUGAGCUACAUCGAAGUUUUGAAAAUGAAAAAAAAGGUGUUACAACACUUGCUCACUGAGUGGCUCAUGUCCUUGGAAUUGCCCACGGAAUGGAAAAACAAGAUCAAAUCAACUUUCAGCUCGUUUGAGAAGGUUCGUGGGCACUUUGCUCCAUACCCACAGCAAACGGCUGAUACGGCCUGGUUGCUGGGGGCUCCUACCAGCGUUUCUGAAAUCAGUACUUUCCUGGAAGGGGUCAUCUAUGGACAAGAGUAUGACGGUCGCUACAAAGAUGGAAUCAAAAAUCGGCAUGAGGUGCAAGACUUUUUGGCGUACUCAUCUGUGAAAAGUACCAUGGAAAAUUUAGGAGCACUGGUGAGACAAGAGGCAAGACCACAAGCACCAAAUGCGCCGCAAGUCGAAGAAAAAGCGGAGGAGACCGAAACAGCUGAGGCUGAAGCUUCUGAGGCUGCACCGGCCUCUGUCACCGCUGCUGAGGCUGCUCCGGCCUCCACUCUUACCGAUUCGGAUGCUGCCAUGUGGCGGCAACACAUGCGGAAGGUAGUGCAACAACAUGUCAGAUUUGUCAGCGACCAUCGCUCCAAUGCUGACUUGGAAGAAGCUCUGAAGGAAACUCCCUCCAUGUCUUUGCGCGGUGAUCAAACUGGAAUGGCCUUGUUCCAUUUUGAUUUGAAGAAGUAUGGAGAACCUACUACUCGCCCAGAUCUUCGGAUAGCAACCUUUCGUGAAGCCCUCUACACACGGUUGGUCAAAAGUGUUUUGAAUGCUCGAAAAGGUGCCACUGAUGGGCAUACCCCACACCUACAAGUAAGCGAGGUGGCUUUGCUCUUUGAUGGUGGAAAAAAGGGGUUGAGAAACAAGCUCUUGGCACCUUGGCGUGAAGGGACUGCCUCCAAGGCGGAUGGAGGGGAAGAAGGGGAGGAAGAAGGCGAAGAAGGGGGGGAGGAGGAAGAUGACAAACCGACCUUGUUUGUGGACUUGCUCCAGAUUGGAUACAGUGAGCAGUCUUUGGCAGCCCGAAAGAAAAGAGUCAGGGGCACCUGCACCAUCAAGCAGAUGGAGCAGUGUCAUGUGUUGAGCGCCAAAAAGUUGACCCUUCCCAGCAGGGACCGGAAGCACUUUGAUGGGUCGACCACAGGCGAUCUGAUCACCAAUGUGAAGAUGCCAUCUUGGACAGAGGAAUGGCAGCUUGAUUGGAAAACAAAAAAGGAACUUUUGGGUAAAAAACAUCAAAUUUUGGUGGGCGGCAAGACUGAAUUUAAGGAUGAAGAGAAGCCGAACGACCGAGCGAGCAACGCGAAGGAACCAGUCUCCUUCCACAGCCCACCCUUGGAGCUUUACGAAGAACUGCUCCAUUGUUUUUACGCAAAGAUGGUGUUCGACCUGACACCCCUUGACGCUCGUUUUGCCUACGCAGCUUUGCGGAACCGCGUCGGGUAUGUCGGCGUGGCAUACAAUCCGGAGCACGAACGCCUCAUGGAAGAGAGGCUCAUGCUCGCCUUGCAGCUGGGCCGUGCAGAGGACAGGGAACCAAUCGGUGCUUCAACAGAUCUGGAGGACACCCACGAGGAGACCAAAACGCCGCCCCCGAAGAAGGGCAAAGCCAAGGCGGCCGACGCUGGACGCCCCACGCCCCCGAAGCGCACGAUCAGUGCGGUCAGCGAGGGGGACUCACAGAAGCCGAAGCGUGGGAAGAAGGCCAAAGAGGGGCCUUACACUUGCUACAAGGAGCAAGGCAGCAUCCCCGAGCCCGAGCUCCCCCGCCGCAGCGACGCACUGCCUGCGGGGAAGAAGGCCUUCACGGUGCUCAGUUGGAACGUGGGCGGUUUGAGGGCCUUCCUCAAGAGCCGAAAGAAGGACCUGGAAAAUGCAGUGCAGCUGGCCAGAUCUCCAGCGGUCAUCGGGAUCAUGGAGCACAAAUUGCAGGACUCCACUGCGGAUAGCGAGGCGGCCUUGAAGGAACUCUCCGAGACCUUGCCCGACUACGAGCUGGCCUGUGUGAACUACUCCACAGCCAAGAAGGGCUACUCUGGAGUCUUAGUGCUGCUCCGGAAGGAGGCGCCCCGGCCGGUGGCGGUGACUGCGGAGGAUCUGCCAAGCGCGGCGCAGGAGGGGCGGAUAGUGGUGCUGGAGUUUGAGACGGUCUACGUAGUGGUGUGCUACGUGCCCAACUCGGGGGAUCAGCUGAAGCGCUUGACCCAGCGGAUCGAGGAAUGGGACGUGCAACUGAGACAACGCCUACAAGAUCUCGGCAAAAAGAAACAUGUCUUACUCAUGGGUGACCUCAAUGUGGCGCAUCAAGACAAAGACAUCUGGAACGUAGAGGCCCCACAUGUGCCCAAGAGCGCGGGCACCACCAAUGAGGAGCGUGAGUCCUUCAGCAAGCUGAUCGAUAGUGGUUUCAAGGAUGGCUUUAGCUUGCGCCAUCCGGAGGUCCUGGGCGCCUUUACCUAUUGGAGCGUCCGGGCCGGGAAUCGCCCCAAGAAUCGAGGCUUGCGUUUGGACUAUGCGAUGGUCUCUGACAGCUUGGUGUCUGCACAGGAGCACCAGACGCACUUCUGGGACGCCUUCCAUUUGCCCGCCGUGGCCACGGGAGAUCACUGCCCAGUAGGUGCUGUCCUGGCGGUCUGA